GUUUACCCUCACUUGGGAGUUUGGGUGUGUUGGCGGCGGUCAGACAAGCUUGCCGGAGGAUUGUGGGAGGAGCCGCGCGUUCACAUGCAGGGGAGAGGGAGGAGGCGGUAGCAGCAGCAGGCCCUGCAUACACCGGAGGGCACGGAGUGGAAUACCGGAACCCUGGAUUAACUGUGUCAGGACUGGGUCGCCCCCGGGGUGGGAUUUUGGCGCAGGAUGAAGGUGACGGUGAGCUUCGGGAGGACGCGGGUCGUGGUUCCCUGCGGGGACGGCAACCUUAAAGUUUCCAGCCUCAUCCAGCAAGCGGUGACCAGGUACAAGAAGGCCAUCGCUAAGGAUCCUGGAUAUUGGAUACAAGUUCAUCGUUUGGAACAUGGUGACGGGGGCAUUUUGGAUCUUGACGAUAUUCUAUGCGAUGUGGCUGAUGACAAAGAUAGGCUUGUGGCGAUCUAUGAUGAGCAGGAUCCCCAUCAUGGGGGAGAUGGCACCAGCGCUAGUUCUACUGGCACUCAGAGCCCAGAAAUAUUUGGGAGUGAGCUUGGAACCAAUAGCAUGUCUGCCUUCCAGCCUUACCAAGCAGCAAGUGAGAUUGAAGUCACCCCUUCUGUCCUGCGAGCAAAUAUGCCACUUCAUGUACGGCGAAGUAGUGAUCCGGCCCUUGUUGGCAUUACCACAUCUGUCAGUGAUUCCAACUUCACAGCGGAGGAUCCUUCCCGUAAAAACCCUUCGCGCUGGUCCACCACAGCAGGUUUCACUAAGAAGAACUCUUCAGCGGCCAAGGGUGCAAAUGAUACAAAGAAAGAUGAGAACUACAGAAGUCUCCCCAGGGAUACCAGUAACUGGUCUAAACAGUUUCAGAGAGAUAAUGCCCGCUCUUCACUGAGUGCCAGUCACCCUCUGGUGGACAAGUGGCUAGAGAGGCAGGAGCAGGAUGAAGAAGAAGCAGAGGAGAAUAGCCGAGUGGAACCUGUCGGCCAUGCUGAUACCAGCUUAGAAAGAACUUCAAGUUUCUCUUUAGAUGACAUGGUGAAGCUUGUUGAAGUCUCGAACGAUGGGGGACCUUUAGGGAUCCAUGUAGUGCCUUACAGUGCCCGUGGUGGAAGAACACUGGGAUUGUUAGUAAAGCGAUUGGAGAAAGGCGGCAAAGCAGAACGAGAGAACCUUUUCCACGAGAAUGACUGUAUCGUCAGAAUUAACAAUGGCGACCUGCGCAACAGAAGGUUUGAACAAGCACAGAAUAUGUUCCGCCAAGCCAUGAGAUCACCCGUGAUCUGGUUCCACGUGGUCCCAGCAGCAAACAAAGAACCCUAUGAACAGUUAUCUCAAAGUGAAAACAACAGCUACUACUCCAGUCAGCACUUGCACGACUCCCAGUACAUGGACUCCAGGAAUUUCCCUAGCACUGGCCCUGAUCACACUGCACAGAGGUUGCCCAGGCAGAGCAGCCAGGCCGAUCCAUUGGACUCUUACUCACAUCUACCUCAAAGUAUCAAUUCAGCAGGAAAACCACCCACCGGCCUGACUCCAUCUCCACAGCGUGCAGUCAACUCCCCCACCAACAGCGGUUACGCUACCAAAAAGGCAAAGAAGUUUUACAUUCAGUUGAAAAAAGGAGUGGAAGGACUGGGCUUUAGCAUAACGUCCCGUGAUGUUCCCCUUGGUGGGUCGGCACCAAUUUAUGUCAAGAACAUUCUUCCUCGAGGCGCAGCUAUUCAGGAUGGCAGAAUGAAAGCAGGAGACAGACUUCUAGAGGUAAAUGGUGUUGAUUUAACCGGGAGAACCCAAGAGGAGGUAGUAUCGUUAUUACGAAGCACCAAGAUGGACGGAGCAGUAAAUCUUUUGGUCCUUCGUCAAGAAGAUUCAUUCCACCCACGUGAGCUGAGUCCGGAACCAAGCCAAGUACCAAAUGCCAGAGAAUCGAAAACGGAGGAAGAAGAACUUGUAUUGACUCCAGAUGGAACACGGGAGUUUCUUACUUUUGAAAUCCCUUUGAAUGAUUCUGGCUCUGCUGGACUCGGUGUGAGUGUCAAAGGAAACAGGUCAAAGGAGAACCACGCUGACUUGGGCAUCUUCGUUAAAUCCAUCAUUAAUGGAGGGGCAGCAUCCAAGGAUGGAAGGCUUCACAUUAAUGAUCAGCUUGUAGCGGUCAAUGGAGAGUCUCUGUUGGGCAAAACAAAUCAGGAUGCCAUGGAGACUCUUAGAAAAUCGAUGUCCACGGAAGGUAACAAGAGAGGGAUGAUCCAGCUAAUUGUAGCACGGAGAGUCAAGCUCAGUGAGCUGGAGUCACCUGGGACCCCUUCAGGCCCUGAAUUGCCCGUCGAGACAAUGCUGGACGACAGGGAACGCAGAAUUUCCCACUCUCUCUACAGCAGCAUCGAGGGGUUUGACGAAUCGCCCACAAGAAACGCCGCUCUGAAUAGGAUAAUGGGUAAAUACCAGCUCUCCCCAACAGUGAAUAUGCCUCAGGAUGACACCGUGAUAAUCGAAGAUGACCGAACUCCUGUGCUGCCUUCCCAGCUUUCUGACCACUCAUCUUCCAGCUCCCACGAUGAUGUCGGUUGUGUUGACUCCACUAGUGCGUGGUCUAAAACAGUGGCUAGUGAGUCAACAGAAAGCACUCUCAGUCCAGAUGUUGAUCCAUCACUUGCCUUCCAGAGGGAAGGGUUUGCCCGCCAAAGCAUGUCCGAAAAACGCACAAAGCAGUUUGGAGAUGCCAGUCAACUGGAUUUUGUCAAGACCAGGAAAUCAAAAAGCAUGGAUCUAGUAGCCGACGAGACUAAGAUCAGUGCAAUGGCUGGCCAAAACUCAGGUUCCCCAAGCAGAGACGUCGGGCCAUCAUUAGGCCUUAAGAAAUCCAGCUCAUUAGAAAGUCUGCAAACUGCCGUGGCUGAGGUGACUUUGAACGGUGACAUUCCUUUCCAUCGCCCGCGCCCGCGGAUUAUCCGAGGGCGAGGCUGCAACGAGAGCUUCAGAGCCGCUAUUGACAAGUCUUAUGACAAGCCAUCAGCUGAUGAUGAUGAUGAAGGCAUGGAGACAUGUACUAACAAAUCAGAGCUGGAGCCAAUCAACAGUUCUUCUGAGUGGGUGGAGGAAGACACAGAAGAAAGUUCAAAAUCAGGGCGAGAAUCUGUGUCUACCGCCAGUGAUCAGCACUCGCACUCGCUGGAGAGGCAAGUCAACGGCUCCAGCCAAGAGAAGAGCGACAGGAAGAAGGACAAAAGUGGAAAGGAAAAGAAAAAAGAUCGGGACAAAGAUAAAAAUAAAACAAAAAAAGGAGGGAUGCUGAAAGGCUUGGGAGACAUGUUCAAGUUUGGCAAACAUCGAAAAGAUGACAAGAUUGAUCACGGGGGAUCAUGGAAAAUGAAAGUUCAAGAAGCCCACCCUUCAGAAGAUGAAAGAAUGCGCAUGAGGCAAGAACAGGAGAGAAUACAAGCAAAGACAAGAGAGCUCAGAGAAAGGCAAGCUAGAGAAAAGGACUAUGCGGAGAUCCAAGAUUACGCUAAAACGCAUGGAAGCCUCGACGAGUCUCCCUAUGCCGGGGCCGGACUGUAUGACACUUGUUCUAAUAGUGGCACAUUACAUUUGAACAACAGGCCCCAAAGUCCAAGGGAUGGAAAGCAAACCGAAGCACUCUAUGCUCAAGUAAAGAAACCGAGAAGCUCAAAGCCUUCACCUGUAGACAGCAACCGAUCAACCCCUAGCAACCACGACCGGAUACAGCGCCUUCGGCAGGAAUUUCAGCAGGCCAGGCAGGAAGACGACGUGGAUGAACGCAGGCGAACGUAUAGCUUCGAACAACCAUGGCCAAACACAACUACCUAUAAUCAGAGUGGAAGGCAUUCGGUUUCUGUUGAAGUUCAGAUGCAACGGCAGCGACAAGAGGAACGAGAGAGUUUCCAGCAAGCACAACGCCAGUACAGCUCACUGCCCAGGCAAAGCAGAAAAAAUCCUAGUUCAGUCUCCCAAGAUUCAUGGGAACAGGCGUAUCCUCCUGGAGAAGGAUUCCAAAGUGCAAAGGAGAACCCUCGAUAUUCCAGUUACCAAGGAUCAAGAAACGGUUACAUGGGUGGGCAUGGUUUUAAUGCCAGGGUAAUGAUGGAAACUCAAGAACUUCUCCGUCAAGAGCAGAGACGAAAAGAACAACAGCUCAAAAAAAAGGGUUCUUCUGACAUAUCUAAUAAUUUUGACUCUUUUAAAAAGAUGUCUGACCCCAAUUAUGCCCAAUCCAAAGGGCCCUUCAGACAGGAUGUUCCACCAUCUCCUUCUCAGGUAGCGAGGAUGAACAGAUUACCGCCACAGGAUCAAGGAAGGCCAUUUUAUUCCUGAAAAACAAUUGUGGACUAAUGCAAUAAUAAAAUAUAAAAAAAAAAAUUAUUUUCAUGUGAGACUUUGCAUUCAUUUUAGACUGAACUGUGCAAUGGUGCAUAUCUAGAAUCAGUGCCUUUAGCAAUAUAGGCAACAUUGGAAUUCUCUGCCUUUGUCCUCUUGGGCCGAAGUGUUCUUUUUAUGGAAGGAUUUUUCACAAUAAGACAAUCAUAGACCGAAAGAAAUUCACCCCAACGACGACGCCAUAAAGCCAGUCUCAUCUGAUUUCCAGCAAUCAUAUCACUUCCCAAAACCUUCUCCUCUUCUGCCUUUUACUGCCCGGUCUCGUGGAAUAGCAAUGAACUCUACUCUUCUACGCAUCCUCCUUUUUAUACUUAUAUUGAAUGGUUGGCUUGAGUAUUUUAUUUAGCAGCCCAUAAUUGGAGAUAUAAUCGCUACAAAUAAUACUGACUUUUUUUUUCGUCUAAGCAUUUAUAUAUAUUAUUUCUCUUAUGCUUUUUUUUUUUUUUUUUACUUUACCGAAAAAACAAGAAAAUGUCACUGUGUUUUAUGGUUGCCUUUCAUCUCAGAAAAAUAUUUAAAAAAAAAAUAAUGAAUUAUACUUAUGAUACUGGGGCGAGUGAGAAGGAUGUUUGUUUUUUUUCCAAUUUUUUUCUCCUAUAGUGUAAUUUAAAAAAAACCAUUUCCACUAAUAUUUCCCAGAUUUUGUUAAGUAUUUUUUUUUUUUUUUUGUCAUGGGGUAUUGAGAUUGAGUUUGAACAAGGACAAAGGGAAAUAAUAAUAGACUUUGCAUCAUUGUACAAAGAGCCACAUUGUAGAAUUUCUGAAAAUUGUUUUUUUACUCUGGGUCAUACCUUGCCCUUCGGAAAUUUCACAGCUUUUAUAUUUGAAUGCAGUUUGUACAAAUGUAAGGUAAAUGAUGGGAAGCUG